UUCUAGGAAAUCGUUAAAAACAGCUGUAGGAUGCAGAAGAGAACUUAAUCCAUCGUAAGAUGCUUGAAGAGCCGACAACAAUCAUAGAGAAGUAUCGACAAAGAAGAUAAGUUGGUUGAAUUGACGACGGUAAUGAACGAGACGGAUGUUAUUCUGGUUUAUAUACCCAAUGGUGUCGUGAAAAGUGUGCGGUAUAAUUUCGAAAUAAAAGUUCAGAAAGUGAUUCACGUCUUAUUAUCAGCAUUGGGUAUUGACCGCGUAUCGUUUGGAUAUUUUGCCCUUCGCUUAAUCCGAUCUCCGGUAACACAAAUGUGCAAUAAUAACAAUGAUUGCCACUGGUUGCAUCCAGGUCUUACAAUGCGACAUGUCUAUGACAAAUUUUUCAGCAAAAGUUCGGCUUCCAUCCAGCUACGGUUUGAAUUACGGUUACGUUUCAUAUCAAAAGAUCUUGAAGAAAUGUAUCAAACAGAAACGGAUGCAUUCAUGUUUUUGCACGAUCAAAUUCUGGCUGAUUAUGUAACUCAGGUUUCAUGGAAAGUUCCUGCCGAGACAGCUAUUGAAUUAGCUGCUUUACAAAUACGCCGAAAGCUUGGAAAUCAAAAUUCGUGUAGCAUCGAAAAAUAUCUAAAUUUGGAUGAGCUUGAAGCUGAAGGAACUCUUGCGCGGCUAUUGCCAGAAACUAUGCUCAUUAAUACGAAGUCGAAAAUGCUCAGGAAAACAUUAAUAGCUGCAGUAAAGAGGCAUUCACUGCUUACGCCUACAGAAUGUAUUUUCCACUUCCUGAAAAUUGUCAAACGAAUAACGCAGUUUGACACUGAAAUAUUUAAAGCUUCUUUGGGCGUUGUUUGGAAGAAUCCAUUAGAUGUUAUGGUAGGUAUGGCUGUUGGCAUUUCCUGCGAUGCAGAUGGACGCGGUCGAGGACCUAUUUUGUUGGCGAAAUUGGAGUACAUUAUCAAUUUGAAGUUGUUGAAAUUGGACGAAAAAUCCGAAAAAACUGUAGUUAAUUUGAAAAUAACCGGAAGCUCGCAGCAGCUGUCAAUUACAUUGCCAACGUGGUCAAUCGCCGAGUCAUUAGCACAUCUUAUCAAUGGUUAUAAUAUGCUACUGUCACAGCAGGGAUCCAUUUGGACUCCAUCUGAAUUACUGGAUGAGAUAAAAAAGCAAGAAAUGAAAAUGGCUUUUGUAAAAAGAGAAUUAACACUUACUCCUUCUAAAGAUGCUAAUCUUCUUGUGGCUCGUUCACAAGUAACACUAGAAGAACUGUUGGGCGAUGGCCAGUUCGGCAAUGUUUAUAGAGGAACAUUUAUGAAGGAGGAUGGUGUUGUGGAUGCGGUUGCUGUAAAAGUUUGUAAAUUGGAUAACGCAAUAACGGAAAGACAGAAUUUUCUGGAAGAAGCUUUUAUAAUGCAUCAGUUUCAUCACGAACAUAUCAUUGCAUUGGUGGGAAUUUGUAUCGAAAAGCCUAUUUGGAUUGUGAUGGAAUUGGCGCCGCUUGGCGAACUGCGGCAGUAUUUGUUAUACAACACUGCGACAGUCGAUUUAUCCGUACAACUUCUAUUCAGUCUGCAACUUAGUUCUGCCUUAGUUUAUUUGCAUUCGUGUAAAUAUGUGCAUCGAGACAUUGCUGCUCGUAACGUCCUCUUAUCUUCGCCACGUUGCGUGAAGUUAUCAGAUUUUGGUCUAAGUCGUUGCGUUGAAGAGGAUAAUGUAUAUACAGCAUCUCAAGGCAAACUUCCGAUUAAAUGGAUGGCACCGGAAUCAAUUAAUUACCGCUGUUUCAGUAAGGCUACCGAUGUUUGGAUGUUUGGUGUUUGUAUGUGGGAAAUACUUACGUAUGGCGUGAAACCGUGGCAAGGUGUUCGAAAUCAUAACGUUAUAUUGAAAAUUGAGGGUGGCGAACGACUUGAAAGACCUCAUAAUUGUCCACAAGUUCUGUACAGCUUAUUGAUACGUAUGUGGAAUUUGGAAGCUUCAAAAAGACCAACAAUAUUUGAAAUUAAUCGCUAUCUUGGCUUCCUGCUGGUUCAAAUUGAUUGCCAUGUUCCCUUCGGAUUACUUACAGCACCUUCUGAUAACGAAAUCAAUGCGUUGGUUCAGGAAGGCCAAACAAAUGGUUUUCUAACGGUGGCGCCGGUAUUAAAAGUAGAUUCCGCAGCGAUGCCAACAUCAACGUUGUGGCGUACAUUGGAGCAGCAAAGAAUUCAGUCGGAGGAGGAUGAUAGGUGGCUUGAAGAGGAGGAACAGAAGCUUUUACCGUUGCCAGCACUUUCAACAGUUCGCGAGCAGCAUAUUAAUUCACUUUCCAAAAAACAACCGAUGUUAAACGAAGAAAAGAACAUACCACCGGGUUAUAAAUUCGACCGCCGUAGUGAUACAGUGCAUGGAGCUGUUUUUAGACUGAUUGGUGCAGUAACAAAUUUAUCCAGGGAGUUUCAUACGACAAUGACGAAUGGACAUUUCAGCGAAUGUGUUAAAAUUAUCAUGGAUCAUUUGGGAAAUUUAUUUAAUGAAUCCAUCCAACACGUAUCAAUUUUAAGCAGUUCUGAUCAGCAGGAAGUAAAACUUGUUGAGACACUUUUGGAAUCAGAUUUGCGUAACCUGUCGGAAGUCAUGGAAAAAGUUUUGGAAGAAGAUAUCAGCAAGGAAGCUUAUGAAGCAUUAAGAAGAGAAGUGCUGAAAAUAAGUCAUCGUUUGGCGUUUAACUGCAAACAGUUCCUUGAAACAAUUGACAGUGCGCGUAUUCGAAGUGGUGUUGCAAAGUUGCAGUUGAAAGAUGCAUCAUUUGUGGUGCAUGAAGUGUAAAUUUUAAAAGGCUUUGAAAAAAAUGUAAGAAAUGAAAACAGGGUAGAAUUGGUAUGAUUUAAAAUACAAAUAAAAUGACGAACAGAAUUUUUGAGGAAAAGCAGGAAAUUUGAAACCC